ACUGCAUUACCCAGCAUUCAACGGUGAAUUUCUUUCACGUGUUUUUGUGGAACAACAUCCGUAGCAAAGAGUUCCUCAAUGAAUGAGAAUCUCCGUCUUUGAAACAGCAUGGAGAAAAGUCGUGUCAAAGUUAUAUUGUUUGAUUUGGACAAUACGCUGAUUGAUACGGACGGAGCGGGGAGGGUUGCCAUUCAAAAGGUGUGUGACUUCAUGAAAGCGUCUCUAGGCCACGAGGACAGCAUUAGUGAAAUCUGCCAGAGGUUUGCGCACAAACUCCUUCACGAGUCGUUCGAUGCUUCCAGUGGCAGAAGUAUUGAUGAUGUUCGUAUUGAUCACUGGCAACAAGCUAUUCGGGAGUCGGAAGGAGUUGAUCGAGGUAGAUCACUAGCUGCCGAGUGCUACCGUCAUUGGAAAAGUACGCGUUUACAGCUGCUGACCUUCGCCCCCCCUGUGCGCACCAUGCUGGAGGAACUCAGGAAAACACACAGGCUGCUACUGCUGACCAACGGAGAGUCGCAGACUCAACGCGAGAAGAUUCAAGCUGUCGGGUCAGCACCAGAACUCUUCAGUGCUUUGGUAGUAGGGGGAGAACAUCCUGAGGAGAAGCCAGCAGUCUCCAUCUUCACAUACUGCUUCCGCCUACUGAAUGUCCAGCCCCAUGACUGCAUCAUGGUGGGGGACUCUCUGAGCACAGACAUCCAAGGGGGGUUUCAUGCUGGGGUCCGUGCCACAGUGUGGGUUAACCCUAGUGGGCAUACACUCUCGGAAGGCUCGGUCAGACCGGACUACACAAUUGCAACGGUGUUGGACUUACCUGGUGUCCUUGCUGCCCUCAAAUGACGUUUGAUAAAAUGUGGUCAGACAUAAGAACAAAGAAAUGACCAAAGUAGAAUUCCUUUUUUAUGUUUUAAUACAUCAAGCUGGAAACGUUUGCAAUAUUGCGCAUGUCAUGGUCUUGUUCUGAUGAGUAAUAGUGUGUUGUUGAGUGUGUGUGGUAACACUGAAACUUAAUAAAGAAAUGAUUACCUUAUUA